GCCCGGACGAGGACCGCGGGCAGAUGAGCACCGAAGAGCGGCUCCAGUCGACCUCCCGCCAGGGAAACUUCUACAUGCUCAUCGUGAUCGGAGAGAUCGCUACAGAGCAGCAGCUGCACACCAGACAGCACAUAGAGCGCGGUAUUCGUUCCUGGGACAUCAGUGUGUCAGAAUGUGACCUGGACCAACAACUACAGCUUUUCAUAAGCAGACAUUCCGCCCAGUUCUCAGCCGAGGUCAGAGGUCAAAGGACCCUGCACCACAAAAGUGAUGUUCUUGAAACGGUUGUAUUAGUGAAUCCAUCAGAAGAUACUGUUAUCUCUGAGAUCCAUUGUCUUGUAUCUGACCCAGCUGUGCACAAGCUGCUAGUCCUGAGUGGGCAGAGUUCUGACCAAGGUGACCUGGUUCUCCAAACUGGAGUUCUCAGUCAUCAGACCUUCUCACGUGUGUUUGCUGAUCCUGGGGUCAGUAAUUCACUGGUGAAAUCCAGCUCUGGACAGCGGGCAUCACUAACUGUGUCUUGCCGUGGUGAGGCAGGCUGGAGUUCUCUGGGGCAACAGCAACGCAUUAGGGAGUUGCUGAAUUAUAGGCUGAAUCCAGAGCCCAUACUUCCUAAGAUGGAGGGGGUCACUGAGUUUACAGAAUACAUAUCUGAGACUGUGGAUGUACCAUGCCCUUUUGACCUUCUUGAGCCUCCAACCUCUGGAGGAUUCCUAAAGCUGUCAAAGCCUUGCUGCUACAUCUUUCCUGGUGGACGGGGGGAUUCUGCACUUUUUGCCGUCAAUGGUUUUAACAUUCUGAUUGAUGGUGGCUCUGACAGAAAGUCAUGCUUCUGGAAGCUUGUCAGACAUUUAGAUCGUAUUGAUUCUGUCCUUUUAACCCAUAUUGGUGCUGAUAAUCUUCCCGGGAUCAAUGGACUCCUUCAAAGGAAGGUUGCAGAACAAGAGGAAGAACAGUCUCAAGGCUCAACCACCUACAGUGAUUGGAUGAAGAACCUGAUAUCACCCGAGCUCGGAGUUGUGUUCUUCAAUGUACCUGAGAAGCUUCGCACAUCAGAAUCGAAUUUGAAAGUCAAGCGAAGCAUUGAGGAAGCCUCUCUUACAUUGCAGUACCUUAACAAGCUAGGAAUUAAGCCUGAGCCUCUUUUUCGAGUAGUUACUAAUACAAUUGAGCCCAUCACUCUUUUUCACAAGAUGGGUGUGGGCAGGUUAGAUAUGUUUGUCCUGAAUCCUGUGAAGGACAGUAAGGAAAUGCAGUUCCUCAUGCAGAAGUGGGCAGGUAACAGCAAGGCCAAGACAGGGAUAGUACUUCCCAAUGGAAAAGAGGGAGAAAUAUCUGUACCGUAUUUGACAUCUAUUACUGCUCUUGUUGUUUGGCUCCCUGCCAACCCUACAGAAAAAAUAAUCCGAGUUUUGUUUCCAGGAAAUGCACCGCAGAACAAAAUCCUUGAAGGGCUUGAAAAGUUGAAGCACCUUGAUUUCUUGCGGUAUCCGAUAGCCACCCAAAAAGACAUAAAUUCUGGUGUUUCACCUUCAGCAGUAAAACAAACAAAGCUAAAGCAAAGAACUGACAGCAAAGAAAGUCUCAAAUCAUCUCCCAAGACUCAAGCACCAGCUAAGCCUUUUAAGAAAGAAACCGAUGAGCAUGAGGAUGUAUCCAUUGUCGACAUAAAGAGUGACUCAGUCAAUGAAAACAAGAUUGAGAAAAAAGAAGAAAAGAAGCACACCAAGCCACUGAAACCAAAAGCAGAUGUGACGGAAAAGAAAAAAUUAUUGAAGGACAAAUCACUGAAAAAACACCCCAAGGAAAGGGUGUCUAAAAUGGAUGAAAAGAAAGACAAAGAAAAGAGGGAAGUUAAAAAAGAAAAACGUGAUAUUAAAAAAGAUGAUGUUGUAAAAAAAGAUGAGAAGAAGUUUAAAACCAAGGACACUCCAAAACCUGAACUGAGAAAAAUAACUAAACCUGACCUGAAACCUUUUACUCCAGAGGUCAGAAAGACACUCCACAAGGCCAAAACCCAAGGGAAACCCAAAACAAUAAAGAGCAAACCUACAACUGCCAAGGUAGAGAGUGCAGAGAUUGUGGUCCAACCAGUGGCUGAAAAGACUGAGCCUGAGAAACCGGAAAAAGGGACAGGAGAAGUAAUAUCUGCUCCAUCUACUCCAGAAGAUUUAACAAAAGACUUUGAUGAAAUGAGAUCCACUGAAACAACAGAUCAAUCUGAAGCUCCUAAAAGUGUCCUUACGGUCUCUGAAUUACCAGCUGAAAAAGACAAUGAAACUACAAAUGUUGCAGAAGCACAAGAACAAGAUCAUGUUACAGAAACUGAUAUUGUGGAACAAAAAACUACAGAGAAAGAAGUAGCACCAUCAGCAGAAAUCCAAGAAGUGCUAUCAGCAGAAGUGAAAGAACAAGAGGAUGAAACCCAAACAUCAGAAUUAGAGAAAUUUGAGGAUGAGGGUGCUGCAAUUGAAGAUGAAGAUGAGGAGGAGGUUGAGAUACAGCCUGUUAAGAAGAGGAUAGAGGAGGAGGAAGAGGAGGAAGACAUGGGAAUAGGAGAUGAAGAGGAUGAAGGGACAACAAAGGAAACCAAAGAUUUAGAGGGUGUGGACAGAAAACAUGAAGUUGAGGAAAUGGAGAAACAAAAACAAGUGGAGGAAAGAAAGACUCAAGCUGAAGAGGAGCAGUUUGAAGAAGAGGAUGUGAUUGAAAAAGCGGAGCUAGAGGAGGCAGAGGAUUUGGAUGCCAUUGCAGAUGAAGAAAUAAAGGAUUUCUCUGCUGAGAAAGUCAAAGAAGAAGAAGAGGAUGUAUACUUGUCAAAUGUUGGAGGUGUUACAGCUGGCAUUACCUCUACAGCCCAAGGAGCUGCAGCAGCAGAAAACAUAUCAUACAUUCAGGAUGAAACCAUCCCUGGUUACUCUGAGACUGAACAAACCAUCUCAGAUGAGGAGAUCCAUGAAGAAGCAGAGGAAAGGAUUCCACACCUUCAAUAUGAGGUUGGUAGCUAUGAUGUCUCGGUCCCAGACCAACCAGGCUCAUUUGAUGCCAUCCAUGGAAUGAGAGAAAUGCAAGCUGCUGCAAUGGGCAAUGGAACAGGCAAAGUAUUGAUCGGUGCACAGGAGCCACCUAUUUCCAUCUACACCAGCAUAUUUGCUGCACCACUAGCUGAAGAAGAACAUGUUUCUUCAGCAACAUCUAUAACAGAGUAUGACAAACUGUCUUCUUUACCCACUUCCGUUGCAGAAGAUCAGUCAGUGGCAUCCGUCACUGCACCUCAGACUGAAGACACUGGAAAAAGUUCCCUUGUCUUGGAUACCGUUCAACCGGUUACUCAGACUGAUGCCACCCAAGGAAAAGACUACCUACAUUCAGCGGGUACCAUCUCACCAACAUCCUCCUUAGAGGAAGACAAGUGUUUCAAAUCAUCUCCCUCUGAGGAAUCUCCACCACUUCCCUUAGAAGGUAAAACUGAGGGAAUUGAGAUGGCUGUCCAUUACGGUGAUGAAGAGGAGGAUGAAUAUGAGGAUCAAACACCAAAUGUUGACAUUUCACUUGGAAAGUUACAAGAAUCUUAUGCCUCACCUGAUAAAAUAGAGCACAAGGAGACAGAAAUGGACAAACCCAAAAGUCCUGUGCCUUUAGUUCCUGAUACUUCAUCUGAGAUUGAGAAGCCAUCAGUAUCACCUUCUAGGGAGGACUCAUCUUAUGAAGAACAAACAAUUCUCUCCUCCCCAUCUCACGGUGUUACUAAGCUUCCUGUUGCUGAAGCUAGUGUUUUUCCAGAUGUGGAAGACCGAUGCAUUAGUCCUGAUGACAGCACUGUAAAAAUGGCUUCUCCUACACAUUCUGAACCACCUAGUGCAUCUCACUCUCCGCUCAGAAUGUCACCUGUGGAGGGGAAGGAUAAAGUUCCUCUUAUAGAGACUCAUCAAGAACCAGGACUGCCAGUUAGCCCCAUUGAAAUUGAAUCUGAAAAGGAGAGUGUAAAACAAAAACCUGGUAUUUUAGAUGAGAAAGAAAUACCUCAAGCGGAGGAGGAUGAAAAAAAGAGAACCCAGGAAGCAACCUUUGCACCAUCUCUACUUGUUGAUGACUUGUCAGCUAAAAAAGAAAGUCUACCAGUUCUACCAUCAAAAGAAAUAAGUGAUACAAAGGUAAUGCCUGAUCCAAGUGUUGAAAAGAAGGGCAAAGUUGAAGAGGACAUAAAAGAGAGCAGCAAGGCUGUAAUUUUUGAGGAUAAAGAUACCAAAUUAUCUGAUGAUCAUGACAUUGAAGAAACCUGUGAUUUAAAAGUGUCUACAGACAAAGAAGAGAAAAGAGAGAAGGAGAAAGAAAAAGAGGAUGAGAGAGAUGAUAUCAAAGGACAACAUAAGGAGGAAGACCAAUUCUUAAAGUAUUCAGAGGUUACGGAUAAAGGUGAUGUAAUAUCAGGACCAGAAAAAGCAGCAUUGCCCUCUAAAGAGGAUUUUGAUAAGAAAAAUUUAAAUGAAGAAGAGUUUCCAGAAAAGAGUUUCCCAGCAGUUCUGGAAAGUUCUGAGAUAGAAAAACAGGAGAAUGAAAAAGACGAAAUUCAGUCAGAGAAAGCUAAAAUAUCUUCUAAAUUUGACAAGGAAUCCAAACAGAAAGAUCUGACUGAUAUAUCUUGUCAGUCCAUAGAAAGCCUAGAUAUAAAAGCAGAAACAUCAGCAUCUCGGGAAGUAGCCAAAACAUAUAUGGAAACACAAGUCACUGUAGAGACAGAUGUUACAACUAAACCAGAAAAGACCUCGGAGCAGAAAUCUGAAUCAGUUGAUUUUACACUUGAACAGGUGGCUUUGGAGGAAACUGAUUCAUCUGUCCGUAUAAGACCACUUAAGGAAGACACAGAUGGCCUCAAAUCUCAAAUACAACAGUUAAGUGAAAAACCAGAUGUUAUACUGAAAGAUGAAGAAAAGGUAGAAAGUAAAAGUGAGGCUGGACUGACAUAUGAGAAAAUGAUUUCAGCUGCCAAAGAACACCAAGACUCUAUGGAUACAAAUGUAGAGAAAGUAAAAUCUGUAAUACCAGAGCAAAUUUCUCUCUCAAAACCAGAUGUUCAGUCUACAGAGAUGCAUGUAGAAGCUUCCAUUAUAGAGAAGGAUAUUUCUGAUAAAGAUGAUCAAGAAUCUAAAGGGAUGCCAGCACAAGAGAUGAAACCUCAUAGUUUAGAGGCAACUCUAAGUGAGACUGAAAUUACUAGUAAACAAGAUGAAGACUUAAAGGAGAAGCUAUUGGAAGAAACUCAAACCACACAACAAUUAGAAAAAGCAGCUGUAUCAUACAAAGAAGAGUCUCAAAUAACAAAUUCCAUCAUACAACAGUUAAGUGAAAAACCUGAUGUUAUACUGAAAGAUGAAGAAAAGGUAGAAAGUAAAAGUGAGGCUGGACUGACAUAUGAGAAAAUGAUUUCAGCUGCCAAAGAACACCAAGACUCUAUGGAUACAAAUGUAGAGAAAGUAAAAUCUGUAAUACCAGAGCAAAUUUCUCUCUCAAAACCAGAUGUUCAGUCUACAGAGAUGCAUGUAGAAGCUUCCAUUAUAGAGAAGGAUAUUUCUGAUAAAGAUGAUCAAGAAUCUAAAGGGAUGCCAGCACAAGAGAUGAAACCUCAUAGUUUAGAGGCAACUCUAAGUGAGACUGAAAUUACUAGUAAACAAGAUGAAGACUUAAAGGAGAAGCUAUUGGAAGAAACUCAAACCACACAACAAUUAGAAAAAGCAGCUGUAUCAUACAAAGAAGAGUCUCAAAUAACAAAUUCCAUCAUUUCACAGGACACAGAUAAAACUAGCCAAGAUAUAGAAACUGUAGAGGACACUAAAUCCAUAACACAAAUUUCCAGUUCAGACAAAAUGGAUUCCUUACCAAUAUUAGACCAAGAAGCUAAAGACGAACAACUAGAAUUAAGCCAAGGCCAAGUUUUGCUGUCUGAAUCUGAGAAAUUAGAUUUGUCCUUUGAAGAUGAUCAGGACCAGAAAAAUAAAGAGUUUGUGAAGCUAACUAGCAAACCAGAUGAAGAGUCUAAAGAAAGUCAGACUUAUGAAAAAAGAGAUAUGCAUACUAUCUCUAAAUCUGAUUUUGAUUCUGAAGUGAAGAGUGGACCCCAGACAAUAACAGAGAAAGAAGAUGUGCCAGCUAAAGAGGAUGAAAUAAGCAAAGGCAUAUUUGUCAAAUCUGAACAACCAGUCAAGUUUGAAGACAUUUCCCCAAAACCGCAUGAAUCUAAAGAUAAGUGUGCGGAGGAUACUCAACUUCAGAUAUCUACAGAUCAAUCAGUAUUCAUGAUUGCCACUGCUAAAAACGACCAACAGUAUGAAGAAAAACACACUGAAGACAUUGAAACUGAAGAGCUUCAACCAAGCAUGGUGACAGAUGUGCCAUCUGACACAAAACAAGAACAUCAGACAAUAUCUGUGGAAGAAAAGCCAGAACAGAUUCCAACAGAAACAAAAACUCUGGAUUCAAAAUCAGAACAUGAUACUUCAGACACACUGAAGAAAACAGAUCUUCCCAUUGCAGAAGAUAAAACAACCGAUUCAAAAGUGAGCAAAAAGCUAGAGGAGAAAUUAAUUAAAGAAGAUGCAUCAAAAUUGGUGUCAGAUGAAUUAGACAGAAAAAUGGACUUGGGAGCCAAACCAAAAUCUUUGGUAGAAUCUUCAGAACAAAUGUUUGAGACCUCAGAUCUUAGUUGUAAAGAAAAAGUGGAAUUGAAAGAUGAACCUAAAGGAGAUAUGAAACAAGACACAUCAUUUCAUGAAACAGAUACGUUCCCAUCAUCAGACAUUGGAUUCAAAUUAAAUUUAGAUUAUAAAGAAAAAUUCAUUGAAGAAGCCUCCUCAACUGUGGACAAAACAAAAGACACCAAGUCAACCUUUGAAACUACAUUUCCAACCAAAUUUUCAGAUGAAGAUGAAAGUACUGAGGAGGAUGAAGGAGAUGCUGUUUGUAUGGGAGGGGCUGGUUCAAGACCAUUGUCAGUGGAACCUUGGAAGUAUGAAGAACCAAAGGCAAGCAGUUCUGAGACAAGUAUGAAAAAAGAGGAAAUUGUGGCCAAUUUAGAGUUGACUAGAGAUUACAGUGGAACAUCACCUGAACCAGAGAAGGAGUGUAAGGUGGAUACCACAUCCCUUACACCACCUUCUACAGAUACAAGUACUAAAGCUGUAUCCGAGACUCUAACUGAGAGCAAACCAACAAGUAUCACACUGCCCAGCUCUGACAGUCAGGCAAGUGUUGAGGAUGACCAACAUGAAGCAUUGCUUUCUUCAAAGGAAGCAGUAAAACCGGAGAAGGAGGCUGAGAGGGAAAGGGAAGGAGAACGAGAGAUUGCCUCUCCAGGGUUAGAGACACAUUCUGAUUUUCAAAAGACUGGCAGUGCUGAUGAGAAAUGUGCUGAAAAGUCUGAUAGUGAGAAAAUGAAAUCUGAUGACAAGAUGACUUAUGAAGUGGAAAAAGAAAGCUAUGAAGCCUCUAAAUAUGAGCCAUAUGAAAAGCCUGUUUCUAAAGACACUGAGAAAGGAAGAGAGGAAGAGGACCAGUACCCUAGUCUGGAUAGAGAUUUAGAUGACAAAAAAUCAAGUCAGGCCACAUUGCUUGGAGCUGCUUGUUCAGUAGAGGAACAAAGUGAUGAAGAGCCAGUGUCUUUCAGCAAGGUUGAUUACCAGACCUCUCCAAGUAUUCACAGCAGCCACAGUGCCUAUUCAGAGCAAGACAAUAAGGAGCGAUACCAAGAAGAAGAUUUGGUUAGAGAAGAUAGACCAGAUCUUUUUGUUGACACCAGUUCUACAUUUGACAGCAAAGCCACUUCGGCAGCAGGUUCAAGCUUGUUUACCUCUAGUGAUGUGCAAGAUAAAUCUGAGAAAUUGGAGAGAGAAGAGAAGGAGAAAGAGGACACACAUUCUCAUCUUCAAGGAAAAGAUGAUGGAAGUCAUAUUAAAUUGCCAGAUAAAGAGCCAUGUACAUCUGCUUCCAGCCUUUCAAAAACUGAUACACAAGAGAAAGACCAGAAAACAGAAGGAACAUUGGCAAUGCCUCAUUCAGAGGACCUGGACAAGACCAAAAGCCAUGUGACUGAAGCUUCCUCUCCACAAGGACUUCUUACAUCAUCACAAGAUAAAAGUCUUCAGAGUCUAACAACUUCAUCAACAUCUGCUUCCGAUGAGAAGAAAAUGGAGAGUCCAAUCUCAAGUGAAGGUAACAAAGAUAAAAACAAACUCUAUUCAGCUGAAAGCCAAAGCGACCCGUUUUCUUCUGGUCGAUACUCACCACCUGAAAAGGACAUGCUUCCUGCCAGGUUAUCACCUGAAGAUCCCAACACCAGCACUCCUGGUUCUUCAGGGCAGUCCAUGAAAGUUGAAGACAAUGUUCUUGCCCUUGAGUGCUCUGGAAAAACAGAUUCUCUUUCCAGCAAGUCAUUAAUCGUGAGUACAGAGACAGAGGAAUGCUUGGUCAGAAGCCAAAAAAUAUUUGCAGAAGAAGAGGAUGACUUUGAGGAGGAGGAAGAUGCAAGUGACUUGGACAUUGAAAAAGGUGCCAGAGAGAUAUCUGAAAAAGAGUCCAAAGUAGCAUUUGAUAGCAUGACUAUAUCUAAACCACUUGAAACCAAACAAGGAGAUACUACUGGUUACUUAGCAUCUGGAGCAUCUGCAGAAGAUCUACAGAUAGAUACAUCUGGUGAUUCAUCCACAAAAAAGUCUGCCAUAACAGAGCCUUCAUCAGUACCUGCAGAGCACAAGGAUGUAAUGAGCAAAGAGGAUGAACAGUUCAAGAAAAAAGAUUCUUGUUUAGUCUACCAUGACAUACCCAAACCCAGCGAUGACAAACUUGAACCACAGAAAACAUCUGAUAAAAAGCACGAAUUGACUGAAUUUCAAGCUGUUGCUCAAUCAGCCACGUCUGAUGCAACUUACUCAUCAUCUUCAUCCUUUAGUUACUCUUCCUCAACAUCUGCCUCAUAUUCAACUGGUCAACAUCCUGGAGAAGGCCUAGAAUCAUUGAUUAAUAUUCCUAGUGUCCAACUACGAUCAGAUGGAGACAGUAUAUCAUAUGAGUACUCAUCGCUAAAAGAGGAGGAGUCACCCACUAUGGAUUUACCAUGUUUAAAAAAAGAUGAAUACAUGGAAAUCACAGACCGAAUGACACCUGCUACAAUUACAGCUGAAUCAAUAUCUAGUCUUGCCAGGUUUUCUCCUCUCAGUCCCUUGGAGGAAUCCAAAUCAUUACUUCAAGAUCAAACAUCAUCAGCAGAGGAAAAGUCAGAGGAGGAUAUGUCAAGCAUUAAAUCUGACACGGAUCAUGUCACUCUUUUUAAACAUGUAGCAGAGCCACAUUCCUCAAAAUCACCAGAAUCACCAACUUCUGAGCAUGCAACUCACCCAACUGAGGUGGCAUCUGCGACAUCUCUUGAGUUUAAAAUUGCACCUUUGGAGAAGGCUGACUCUACAGACAAACAGUUGCAGGAAAAAUCCUCUGAUGAUGAGCCUGAGGAUAACAAAAGCAGUUUUGAGGAAGGAACCUUACCAUGUAGAAUUGAAUGUGAAAGAUCUUCAGCUACUGAAAAUUUAAGCACAGCAUCUUUACCAGAACAACUUUCUGAUGUAAAACCCUCAACCACAAUAUUAUGUUCAUUUGAUCUGCAAACCAAAGAUGGAACAACAGAAAUUAAAAGUUCUCAGAAGGGGGCAGAUACAACAUGUGGGCCUCUCACUACCAACACACAAAGUGAACAAAGUAUGAAACAAGAAGGGGCAGAGAAAACUGAGAAAAUUAAAGACUUGCCUGAAAAAGUACAGGAGGGGGUUGAAAUGAAAGAAGCAAAAGUGAGCAAAAUGGAAUAUGAAGAGGAACGUGAGACAGAUGAGAAAGGAGGAGUAAACCAUAUAGCAAUGGAGGAAGAACAGAUAAAAGCUGAAAAGAUGGUUGAGGUGAAGUCAGAAAUGAUGGGAGAGAGUCUAGGUGAUGGCAAGAAGUCAGAGCAGCAGAUCGAUUGUGAAGGGAAAAUGGAGCAGUCGAAAGUAAAAAAAGAGGUAGAACAAACUGAAACAAUUGUAGAAAAGGAAUCUAAAGAAAAAAUGGAAGAGAAGAAAGAGCAAACAGAAGAAAAGAUGAUGGAAGAAGACAGCAAAAAAACAGAUACAGUUGAGUCCAGCCAGCAUAGUAGUACCUUUGGGUCCACAAUGCAGCAUGAAAAUAAGGAUGAGAAUGAAAAAGAGGUUCAUGAGAGUAUAAAGGAGGAAAAGGGGGGUGAAGAAAAGGAAAUAAAGGAUGAUUCAAAAGAACAUCCACCAACUCCACUAUCAGGAGCACAGGCUUGUUAUCCUGAGGUCUCCAAGAAGUCAGAGGAGGAAUUCACUCGACCUUCUGAUCUUGGUAUGGAGGCCACGUCCUCGCAUUCACCUUCGCUCUUUAAACACCGUAAAGGAGAUGUCUCUCCAUCCUUCAUUAAUCCAAGCCCACAGGAACUAUCGAGUGAGGAUGAAGAGGAAGAUGCUAGAAGUGAUCAUUCAAGGGAUGAUGAUGGUGAUGAGCGUGAGCAGCAUUCUGUCAAAAGGAGAUCUCAUAAGCAACAUCAUCAUCAUCCCCACAGUCACCAUGAAGAUGGUAAGGAGGGAUCUCACUGCAUACUGAGUGGUACAUCUACUGGGCAAGGCAUUAUGCUAGCAGGGGAGGAAACUCCUCCUACAUCUUUGAGCGAGUCACUACCAUCUCAGUCUGACUCAGAUGUUCCUCCAGAGACUGAGGAAUGUCCUUCAAUUACAGCAGAAGGGAACCUUGAUUCUGAUGAAGAUGCAGAACAUCUACCAGUGGACAAAAUGUCUGCAGCUGGCGGCAGUGGAGGAAGUCAUCAUUCGUCCUCCCCGAGGAGUCACGAUCCCCCGCCCAUUCCAAUGAAAGACACUCUUCCUCACCCUCCGCACCCUGAUGUGUGCAUGGUGGACCCAGAGGCCCUUCUUAAUGGCCAGACCCACACUGAACGACCAGUGAAGAAAGACCUAAAAACAAAUAGAGGCUUGAGGAAGACGCUAGGAAAGUCUGCAUCGCCGGCACGUAAAGGAGAAACAAAAAGCAGGAGAUCUAGUACCCCUGUGAAGCAGACAUCCAAAGACUCCUCACCUCAUGAUCUUAAAAGAAAAGAUUCGGAGAAGACUUUUCGUCUGUCUAAAAUGUCUGAGACGCAGGGAUCCAGAGGAGACAUCUACAACCCAGGAAGAGGACUGGUUAAUGGCGUUAAGAGUAAUGCAGGCUCCAACCUGAAAUCCAUUGCUGGGAAUCCACCUGGACCACCCAUCUAUGUCGAUCUAGCUUACGUUCCCAACCACUGCAGUGCUAAAAAUGUUGAUCAAGAAUUCUUCAAGCGAGUGCGAGCAGCAUACUAUGUCGUCAGUGGAAAUGACCCAGGCAGUGGUGAACCCAGCCGUGCCGUACUAGAUGCACUCCUAGAAGGGAAAGCACAAUGGGGCACUAAUCUACAGGUCACUUUAAUCCCUACACAUGACACAGAGGUAACCCGGGACUGGUAUCAGCAGACCCAUGAGAAACAGCAGGACCUGAAUAUAAUGGUCUUGGCCAGCAGCAGCACAGUGGUUAUGCAGGAUGAAUCUUUCCCAGCCUGCAAAAUAGAAUUUUGAAUUGGUUUUCUAUUUAGAGCUUUCCAUUCAUUCCUCAUUCAUUUCUAAUCUUUUAGGUUUAGAUGAGUUACUCCACCCACAGCAUUCCAUCCGCUGCCAUUUACAGUUUGUAUUCUAAUCCUUAAAAAUUCAACAAAAUCCUAGUGCUGUCAAAGGACUUUAUUAUAAGCUUUGGUCCUGAAUCUAUUGUACAUUUUUGUUUGCAUUUGCAAUGCUUUGGCAGAAAACUGAAUGUUCACUAGCUAGCUGCUAUGAAAUAAUUAUAUAAUGUUAAGUAGGCUAAUGUUGCAUUGAAAAUGUUGUUUUCUCAUAUUCUUCAACAUAACUUAGAGACCAAGAUUUUAUCCUGCCUGGAAUUUGAAUUCAAAGCACAAAAAAUGCCCUCUGAGAAUUGGUUAAUACAUCAUCUGAUUAAUGUUUCACAUCCUUUAUCAUCAAUUUUAGCAGACAUACCACCUAUAGACACAGUUGCCUGGGAGAACAUACUUUUAACAUAAGGUCAGAAGGCCUUAGAGCAAACAACCUCUGAGAACAGACUCAAAAAAAGUUCAGAGUAGCUGUCUUGUGAGCUACGUUUACAAUGAGGCUAGACAAGUCUCCCCAUGUGAUCACAUACCAGCAGAUGAGUGAAGAAAGAAAUAACUGUACUCUAAAUUGCUAAUCCAAUGAGAAACUGUCAAAUCUCAAUUCUUUCAAAUGACAAUUUACGAUAUCAAACAUAAUCCAAGAUUUGUGUCCCUUAGGUGACAAAGAUGGAUCUUUUUCUAUUCAAACAUCUAAUCAGUCUAGCACUCAAUAAUAUAAUAGUAGUGAAGACUGUACAUGUAUAUGUACAUGAUUUUAAAAGUAAAGCAAAGUAGAUGGUAUCUUUACAAACUACUAACCCACUGAUAUGACAGAUUUUGGGUGACUAGACUCUAACAUGAUCGUGUGGCUCAGGAUAUAGAAGGUUAAAGGUUAUAGAAAGAAUAAGAGUUUUGUGUCUUUUCAGUAUUGCAAGUGCUGUAUUAAAGCAUGCUGCUCUAGCUUGGACUAAAUGUUGUUAGUAUAUUAAUCUAGUGAUAUGCUUUGGGGAUCUGUUGGGGUCCAGAUCUCUUCAAAAGCAUACUAAUAACGAGCAGCUUGAAUACCAUCUGCCCAUUAAUUGAGUAGACCACCAUUAGAGUUGCCAAUUACAUGAUGUUCUGUCGAUUGAGUGAAAAUAUUACAAAAAUGUAAAGACCAACAACAGUAUCGCUUCAAAUAAUCUGUUCAAUAUUUUGGUGUAAAGGAUUCAGACUUGUGACAAGUUGAAUGUUUUGUUUGUGUGUUGUUGACAUACUUGACCUAUUUUUUUUUUCUUCUCCAAGCUGAGAUUCUCUGGCUUCUCAAGCACUUUAGGUUUAACUUGAUUGAAAGGAAACUGGUGGAAAUUACACUAUGUAUCAAAAUGUAGCAGUAGAGACAUUUGUUCUAGAGAGACUAAUCAACAAGAGUGAAUAUUUGUUUUCACGGUUGCUGUGAGAGCAGACAGUGAGGGUUACCCUCGUGCCUUUUGUGUGUUGUUUAACAAAGAAAAUCCUUAGUUAUUACAUACUUAUACAUGCACAUGCAUUUAUUUUGGAUUAACUAAAAUUCGAAAAGCUAUAAAAGUUUCAAUUGACUGGGAAGUGUGAGUAUUAUCAAACAGCAGGCAUUUAUAAUAACUACUUUGUUGCACCUAGUACAAUUGCACUUUUUUUUUUUAAAUUAAGUCAGUUUGGUAGGCAGGCAGGCAUCCUCAUGUAAAUAAUUGUGUAACAACUUAAUUUAUUUGAAAAACAAAUAUACAAAUUUCAAUUAAAAUGACUGAUCAACAUUUGUGUUUUGGUCUGGCAAUGUGGACAAGAACUAAUUUAGCUAGUUAUUAUCUAAAUUAAAUUGUAUGGUGGUCUGUUAUAGAGAACAAAUACUCGUAGGCCCAGUUUAAUAGACAGGAGCUUAGCCUAAACCAGGAUUAGGCCAUACUUUAAUUAGGACAUUUAAUUAUUUUUUUUACAAACAUUUUAGUCUAGGUCUAGGCUUAAGCCUUGUCUGUGAAACCAGGGGUUAAAGUACUAGAACAGGGACAGUUUAAGAUACAAUUUUGACUUUUCUUUUGAAUUUUGGCAUUUUUAUUGCUUAUAUCUUUACAAAGAAUAAAAAUUCAGCCUAACCUGAAGUUAUAUAAUUUACAAAACAAUCUAACAAUUAGUGUUUCUGUUUGCACUGGAGGCAAGAAAACUAAUUAGCAAUCUGUCAUUUGCUCGAUGUAACAGUGGCUCUACAUUUUCAGUUACAUUGUGAACAGUUUCUUCGAUAGCAAAACAUCAAGACCUCAUUGGUAAAUGCACAUUUGUUUUGUCCUGGAAAGAACCUUUGCUUUCAAAGGCAGUAGUGCCAUCAUCCAUCCUGUUAGAAAACAAGCUCUGAAACACUGCACCCCUAACCCUAAUCCAGUAUAUUCACAGGGAGUGGAUAGUUUUUAGCCUGCUUUAAGUUUUUGUCUUGUUUUUUAAUGUAAAAGUCAGUAUUAAGCAUUGCUGUAGACUUAAUUUUGUGUUAUUUUAAUCUAGAUUUAAGUUCACUCAGAGAAGUUGUCUUUGAGAUGGUCAAAGUGACAGGGUCUUUGUGUACUUUUACUUGCUGAGAACGCACACACAGGUUAGUAAUGGUGGUCAAAGCCUAAGAACUCAGCUGUAGGGCCUCAGAAAGCCUUGAGGAUUACACUAGUUUAUUGGUUAGAUACAGAAUUAUUCGCAAAAUCACACCCAAUUCCACCGGUGUACGCAAACCCACACUAAGACCAAAUUCAUUUAUUUUUUUGCUAGAGGGAUUGUUAAAAUGGGCUGAAUCUGUACUGUACCUUGUAUGGUAUGGAUAUAUUUUCAUAUUUGAAAAUAUGAGUGUUUUAUUUCAAAUACCUGGCCUUAGUAACAAGUACUGUAUGUUCUUGUUAAUUAGCUGUGAUUCUUCUGUUAAAGAUGAAUGCACUAACUUGAAAUAAUAUUUUUGAAUGUAAAAGUUGCUUUGCUGGAUGCUGCUUGAACAAAGAACUAGCAAAAUAUGCACAUGGGAACAGUGAACCUCAGAAAAUGGGUCACAGAAAGAACUGGUUAGAAUCGUCAGUGACUCAUGACAAAAUAUUACAUGUUCAGCUGUUGCUGAUUUUAGUACAGAUACAUAACUCUCUUGAAAAUAAGAUUCAAAAACUUUGGUUUGCAGACGGCUGUUUCACAACUAACAUACUGAUAAUGGAUAACACUACAGACGUGAGGUUUCCUUCUUUACACUUAAAAAAGGCAAAAUGGAAAUCAAAACAAAUGGCGUAACCUGUACAUAAAUCAAAAUAGCUGAUGCGGUCAUCUGUGAGAAAUGCUUUCUUUUAAGAAAGUUCUAUGGUCAUUGUACUUCUAAUUUCCUAAAGAUAAAAAAGACUGCUUAAAGUACCUCUACGAAUCUCUAUUAGUUCAGUUUCAUUCUACAUCAAAUGUAUCAUCGUGAUGUAUUCAUUUGGCCAUAUGUAUACGUAUCCAUCUUUGCAUGUGACCUUAUUAGUUAUACUCCUGAAUGUAAUCGUUUAAUAAUCAGAAUUAAAACUAUUUUAAGAAGAUAUAUUUGAAGCUAACUGUCUUUAUGGUACUGAAAUAUGCAUAUAUUAUUGGGCUUGGCUUCUGUUUGCCCUAAGAUGUUGUCAAGAAGAUGCUGUGAUAUUUCCUCGUUCUUUGGCGCUGUCUGAAUCUUAGUUCUCUUAUUCUUUAGUGCAAUAUUCAACAUUCUGUCUUUAAAAGCUCAGUGCAAAAGUAGAUUUCUGCUGAUUUACUGUAAAGGGAACCCAUCAUCAAUAAAAAAUAAAAAAUAAAACAU